CAUUCUCACGUUGCUCGCGAGCAUGUGCGAGUGUAGUAAUGUGUGUUGUAAACCGGUGAAUAGAUUCAUGUUGUUGGGAUUUUCGUUAUGAUUUAGGUCUCUAAAGUUCCCGGACUGGUGUCAACAAUGAAGUUCGCAUACAGGUUUUCAAAUUUGUUGGGUGCGGUGUAUCGUCGUGGAAAUUUGAGUUUCUCCAAGGAUGGCGACUCUGUGAUCAGCCCCGUGGGGAACCGCAUAUCUGUCUUCGACUUGAAAAAUAAUAAAUCCGAAACAUUGCCCAUCUCCACCACAAAAAACAUCACCUGCGUGGGCCUCUCUCCUGAUGGCAAUUUGGCGAUUCUGGUUGAUGAAGAUGGUGCAGCAGUGCUGGUCAGCCUAGUGACACGGGCAGUGCUCCAUCACUUCCAUUUCCAUAAGCCUGUCAGCAGUGUGCGCUUCUCUCCUGAUGGCAGGAAGUUUAUUGUGACCAAAGAGAAUGUGGCUCUGAUGUACCACGCCCCAGGGAAAAAGAGGGAGUUCAAUGCCUUUGCUUUGGACAAGAGCUACUAUGGGCCCUACGAUGAGACCACCUGCAUCGACUGGACCGAUGACUCCAAGUGCUUCGUGGUGGGCAGCAAAGACAUGACCACCUGGGUAUUUGGAGCAGAGAGGUGGGCUAACCUGGUGUACUACAGCUUGGGCGGACACAAGGAUGUGAUCGUGGGCUGCUUCUUCGAGCAGGACAGUCUGGACCUCUACACAGUGAGCCAGGACGGGGCCCUGUGCGUAUGGGAGUGCGACACUGAACCCGAUGGCCUGCUGACUCGGGGCCCCAAGGGUCCAAGCGGGCCCCAGGAGAAAGAGAAGGAGACGGAGGAGAGAGAAGACGGGGAGGAGAGAGAAGAAGGCGAGGAGGGAGAGCCCCGGGGGGAGGUCAUCCGGGGGAAGGCGGAUGGGAACAAGCAGAAGGAGGGCACCAAGAUGGUCCGAUACAAGCGCCGGGGCAAGCACUUCUUCAACAAGGAGGGUGACUUCAACAACCUGACGGCUGCAGCAUUCCACAAGAAGAGCCACCUCCUGGUGACGGGCUUUGCUUCCGGAAUAUUCCACCUGCAUGAGCUCCCCGAGUUCAACCUCAUCCAUUCACUCAGCAUUUCUGACCAGCAAAUCAACUCCAUAUGUAUCAACAGCCCAGGGGACUGGAUCGGAUUUGGCUGCUCAGGUCUGGGCCAGCUGCUUGUGUGGGAGUGGCAGAGUGAGUCCUAUGUAUUCAAGCAGCAAGGACACUUCAACAACAUGGCCGCCCUGUCGUACUCCCCCGAUGGACAGUACAUUGCCACCGGAGGGGAUGAUGGGAAGGUGAAGGUGUGGAACACCAACAGCGGCCUGUGCUUCGUCACCUUCACGGAGCACACCAGCAGCGUCACCGCCGUCACCUUCACCUCCCGCGGCUUCGUCAUCGUCAGCGCCUCCCUGGACGGCACCGUCAGGGCCUUCGACCUGCACCGGUACCGGAACUUCCGCACCUUCACCUCGCCCCGCCCGUCGCAGUUCUCCUGCCUGGCGGUGGACAACAGCGGGGAGCUGGUGUGCGCCGGGGCACAGGACUCCUUCCAGGUCUUCCUGUGGUCCCUGCAGACCGGCCGCCUGCUGGAGGUGCUGGCGGGUCACGAGGGCCCGGUGAGCUGCCUGAGCUUCAGCCCGGUACGGUCGGUUCUGGCCAGCACGUCCUGGGACCGGACCGUCAGGCUGUGGGACAUGCUGGACAGCUGGCAGACCAAGGAGAUACUGCAGCUGACGUCCGACGGCCUGGCGGUGACGUAUCGGCCGGACGGUGAGGAGCUGGCCGUGGCCACGCUGGACGGGGAGAUCUCCUUCUGGAACCCCCAGACAGCCACUCAGACCGGCUCCAUCGUCGGGCGCCACGACUUGCAGACGGGCCGCAAGGAGACGGACAAGAUCACAGCCAAGCAGGCGUCCAAGGGCAAGUCCUUCACCUCGCUGUGCUACUCCGCGGACGGGCAGUGCAUCCUGGCGGGCGGCCAGUCCAAGUUCGUCUGCAUCUACAACAUCGCCGAGCAGAUCCUCAUGAAGAAGUUUGAGAUCUCCUGCAACCUGUCGCUGGACGCUAUGGAGGAGUACCUGGACCGGAGGAAGAUGACCGAGUUCGGGAGCCUGGCCCUGCUGGAUGAGGGGGUGGGGGACGGGGACACUGUGGCUCUCAGUCUGCCUGGAGUCAGGAGAGGAGACAUGAGCUCGCGUCAUUUUAAGCCUGAGAUUCGGGUCACCUCCCUCUCUUUCUCCCCCACUGGGCGCAGUUGGGCGGCCAGCUCCACGGAGGGCCUGCUGGUGUACUCCCUGGACGGGACGCUGGUGUUUGACCCCUUCGACCUGGACCUGGACGUGACGCCCGCCAGCGUGCGCCGCCAGCUGAGGCGGGCGGAGUGGGCGGCGGCCAUCGUGCUGGCCUUCCGCCUCAAUGAAGCCGCCCUCACCAGGGAGGUGCUGGAAGCCGUCCCGCACGAGCAGAUCUCAGUGGUGUGCGGCUCUCUACCUGAUAUUUACGUUGAGAAGCUGCUACAUUUUGUGGGGUCAGCUUUGGAAAGUUCCGGGCAUCUGCAGUUCUACCUCACUUGGGCCCAACGGCUCCUGACUCUGCACGGACAGAAACUGAAGAACAGGUCAGGAGCAAUACUGCCUAUCAUUCAGUCACUGCAGAAGAGCAUUCAGAGACACUUCGAGGAUCUGUCUAAACUCUGUGACUGGAAUAUCUACAACAUCCAAUACGCCAGGGCCCUAUCCAACCAAAAGGGGAUCAAGAGGCCGGCUGCCGACUCCCUCAGUGAAGAGGAGGAGGAAGAGGCGGAGGCAGAGGAAGAGGAUUUGGAAAUGGCGUCCAUGGAGGAGGCCGACACACUCAUUUGAGCAGAACUCAGAGCUCUUCUGGCCUAUUGCAUUCUGGGACUGAGAAAUCUCUAAUGGUUUACCCUUGAACAAACUGUAAGGACAGGAACAUGACGGUGGCCUCCGAGAUCUACAGCCUUCAGCUUCCUCUUUCCCGGAUUGAAACGGACCAAUUAAGUCAGACGUUGCCCCCAAGUUUCUAAAUCAAAAUCCAUUUACUUGCUAUUUCUAGUUUAAAAAAAGGAGAAAAAAAGCCUUGGAAUUGCAUUUUAGUAGAUGUUCCCCAGUCAGCAAGUGUUGAGGCUCAGUGAACACAAAUUCUUUAAUCUGAUAAUUGUCAUAAUUAAAAGUUAAAUUAAUCACCGAAGAGCGGCUGAUUCCUGAACACGAUUCUGUUUAAUAUGAUAAUGUGAAAGUACAUGGUGUGUUUCACAUUAAAUAAUUGAGUGAUGUUCCAAGAGUGGAUUUGAGAGCUGAAGAGUGAGAGGUGAAUUUCAUUCCCUUGAAAUAUUUUGAGGGCUUAAGUCGAUGUCUUCGAUGUAGCCACAAAAAAGGAAUCUAAUUAUAACAACACAUUUCCAUCGUUGACUUUUAAAAUCUGUAGAACAAGCUUGUUCUCAGCAUCACCAUGUGUGAUACAUGCUUGCAAGCACAUAUUCAGACAAACUAGUUGAAAGAUUUAGGACAGAGCUAAAUAAAUACUUCAUGGGUACACAGUACAAGACUUGUGGAGUCUUCAAGGAGUUCCUGUUUUGUUUGUUCUAAACUGAGCACGCACAAUAAACGGCAACAGCAACUCCAAUAAACAAGUAUUUUUUGCAGA